AGCGUAGUGGCGACGUGAACGCGUGUGAACUGAGUGGAGUUAUUUGUAUUAUAGAAGAGAGGGAGGGCGGCAGCAGUAGCAGCUAUCGUUUCAGCGCAGGGGGUGUGUGUUUGUGGGCCAACGAGCUCUGCUGCGAGUGUGUGUAUGUGUGUGCGCAAGCAAGCGAGCAAAGCUGGCGGAGUUCAACAUGGCAUCCGGCGAAACGCUGUACAUAGAGACAGACGGUUCGGAGAUGCCGGCUGAAAUAGUGGAGCUGCACGAAAUCGAGGUGGAGACGAUUCCUGUAGAGACUAUCGAGACGACGGUGGUCGGUGGCGACGACGAUGAUGACGAUCACCAGCCCAUGAUCGCCCUGCAGCCUCUCGUAACAGACGAUCCGAGCCAGGUCCACCACCACCAGGAGGUAAUUCUGGUGCAGACCCGAGAGGAGGUCGUCGGUGGGGACGAAUCGGACCUCCGGGCCGACGACGGGUUCGAGGAUCAGAUCCUCAUCCCCGUGCCCGCUCCGGGCGCGGAAGAGGAGUACAUCGGGCAGACUCUGGUCACGGUGGCGGGGAAGAGCUCCGUGGGGCGGAUGAAGAAGGGGGCAGGCAGCGGCAAAAAAGCAGGCAAAAAGAGCUACUUAAGCGCCUCGGAGGCCAGUGGGAGAAAAUGGGAGCAAAAGCAGGUGCAAAUAAAGACGCUGGAAGGCGAGUUCUCCGUUACGAUGUGGGCGUCAGAUGACAAAAAGGACAUUGACCAUGAAACCGUGGUGGAGGAACAGAUUAUUGGUGAGAGUUCUCCUCCAGACUACUCUGAAUACAUGACUGGAAAGAAGCUCCCUCCUGGUGGCAUCCCAGGAAUUGACCUCUCAGACCCCAAACAGCUAGCAGAGUUUGCCAGUCCCUACAGUAACAAUGGCGGCCCUUUUGGUCGCGAAUCAGCACGAAUGAAGCCACGAAAGAUCAAAGAGGAUGAUGCACCCAGGACGAUAGCCUGCCCCCACAAAGGAUGCACUAAGAUGUUCAGGGAUAACUCUGCAAUGAGGAAGCACCUACACACCCACGGACCACGGGUUCAUGUGUGUGCAGAGUGUGGGAAAGCCUUCGUGGAGAGCUCCAAGCUAAAGCGCCACCAACUUGUUCACACUGGAGAAAAGCCUUUCCAGUGCACUUUUGAGGGCUGUGGAAAACGCUUCUCUCUGGACUUUAACCUACGCACACAUGUGCGAAUUCACACCGGAGACCGCCCGUACGUCUGCCCAUUCGAUGGCUGCAAUAAAAAGUUUGCUCAGUCCACCAACCUAAAAUCGCAUAUUCUAACACAUGCGAAAGCCAAAAACAACCAAUGAGCACCUCUGUUUCGUUUUCCCCUUUUACACCUGAACCCAGCCUCAACGCUACAGCAUCUUAACACUGGAGGUUUGAACUAUGCUCUUCUGUAGUUCUCCUAAGGAGCAGGGGCAAAAAAAAAAAGACCUCAAGGUCUUGGGAUAAAUUAUGGCCAUUGUGAAAGACACAAAAGCAAAACAUUGGGAACCCCUCUGUCCUCAAAUCAGUCUGCUAACCUUGUGGCCCUUGCUGAGGAGCAGAGCUGCUUCCAACCCAGCUGACCACAGCACGUUUUGGUGUCGUCGCAGCCGGAUGAAUGAUCGAACUCAUGGACACUCAUAGACAUUGCUUUUUACCACAAAGAUGAACUAGAACAUUCGGACAGUUUGCUCCAUUUCUUUUCACUUUUACUUAAAUCUCACCAGUCCGCAUAGAUUAGCUUUUAAUUUUGUAUUUCUUCAAGUGUGCAUAUUGUACACUUAUUUUUGGGAUAUGCUUAGUAAUGCAACCUUGUGAUCAUUCUUUAUCCCUAAGGAUUUAAGGUUUUUGCUUAGGACAUGUUCUUGGAAGGGUAAGACAAUACUUCAGAAGUUACUGUAAGACAAUACUUAAAGUAUUUUAUGUAAAAAGUUAUCUUUUUGUUUCUUUUUUUUUUCCUUCUUCUUUAUUUGGUUGUAAUCUAACCACUGAAUAAUCUUGUAUACGUGUAUCAUAUGGCUGUAUGGAGAUCAUGUAGAAAUGGAAGACGGCGUGAUUUCAAGUGUUUACUGCUUUAAAGCGUUUAGUCAUCAGUUAAUUUCUCUUUUGUCACAUUUGUCUUACUUGGCAAAGAAUAUGCGUUCACUUUUAAACCCAUCUCACAAUAAACCACAGUGUGAUCUAUC